AAAAAGAUGACAAAGGUAUAAAAGCUAUGCCACUCAGUAACAAUACUGUUAGCAGAAGAAUAGACGAAAUGAGUGAAGAUAUUGAGAAACAACUUGUUGAAAAGCUGAAAACAAAAAAUUUCUCAGUACAAAUGGAUGAAUCAACUUUGAGAGACAGUGAGGCAGUAUUGAUAACGUAUGUAAGAUAUAUUAAUGAAGGACAUUUUGCUGAAGAAAUGUUGUUCUGUAAAAGAUUAGAGAGCACCACUACCUCCAAAGAUAUAUAUAAUAAGUUAAAAAACUACCUAGAUGUCAAUGAUAUACCAAUGAAAAAUAUAACAUCUUAUGCUGCAGAUGGCGCCCCUAAUAUGAUGGGCAAGAAAAAUGGCUGCUUAAAAUUGAUGAAAGAUGUGAAUCCAGAAAUGAUUAUU